GUGAUUGGGGUGUAAUGUCUUUAAGUGACGCCUUCAUUUAUUUGGCUUCAUGCUGACCGCUGCCAACAUUUUUAGAGACAGUAAACAUACCGGUCUUUCCUCGUCUCCCACCGUAGUCACAGUGAAGCCAAGCGCUACAUACGCGGCGUCAUAGUCCCUCGUCUUAGCUUUCGGGAGACUUACGUUUGUCUCAUUAUCUCCGUCUCUCUCCGCCUUUCUUUACAUUCCUGUUAAAUAUUUUUCCAUGGUGUCUCUUAAGGGUUUGUUAUCUGCACUUCAUUACUCCUGCUCUGUGCUCUUGUUCGGUGCAAAAAAAAACUACUCCCUGCGGCAAAAAAAGCAUGUACCCCGGGGUCACACGCUCCCCCCCUGGCAUCGCUCCGAGCCCCCCCAGGGGGGGGCGCCCCACUAUUAGAGAAGGACUGGGUUUCGGUAAGGAAUUAAUUUUAGGGUUAGGUUAUGGACGUCCCAAGGAACACUUAUACCAUUAGUUUUGUUUCCGUCCAGACUACUGUAAGUGUGACACCGACAACAUUGUUUUGGUCAUUCUACUCGUGCCAACCGGCUCCACUGCUGAUGACAAAAUAACAUACAUCUUAUGAUCGAUAAUUAACCAGACUCGAUGUUUCCCCUGCUGAUUAUUAUUGACGUUAAACCGUUUUUUUCUUCAUGAGCGGCAGUGAGGCAGAGGACAGAACGUCACUGUUCAAAUCUACCGGGAGGAAACAUCAGGUUCUGUCCGUCCGUCGGUGCAGAGUGAUGACCUCAUCAGAAGGUGGGGAUGCGGUGCUUCUGGUUGGAGAGGGGAACUUCUCGUUCUCUGCCGCUCUGAGCCGGAUCGUCGCCACGGAGACCGAUAACAUCACCACGGGGACCGAUGACAUAGCCGGUGGGAGGGGUUUGAGGAUCACAGCCACCUGUCUCCAGACCAAAGAGGAGGCGCUACGACACCACGGCUCCGCCCACAACAUACACACAAUUACACACUCAGGUAGCUCCGCCCACAACAUACACACAAUUACACACUCAGGUGGGGAGGUGCUGUUUGAGGUGGAUUGUACGCGUCUGUCAGAGUCUGUGUGUCUGCGUGGUCGACAGUUUGACCGCGUCAUCUUUAACUUCCCUCACUGCGGUCGGAAAAGUGGCGUGAAGAAGAACAGGCUGCUGCUCAAACACUUCUUCCUCAGCUGUGUGGGGGUGCUGAAGGAGGAAGGGGAGGUGCUUGUGUCUCUGUGCAACGGGCAGGGCGGGACUCCAGCCGACCGGCCAAUGAGAGAGUGGCACAACAGCUGGCAGGUGGUCGCCAUGGCAGCAGAGGCAGGGCUUAUCCUGAACGAGGUCCGCCCCUUCGAUGGCGAGAAACCUGACGGUUACCAAUCCACCGGGUACAGGAGCCAGGAUAAGUGUUUCCAUGCAGAGCAGGGCGUGACUCAUGUCUUCAGUCGCGGUGUGGCCUGCAGCGCCCCCCAGAGGAAGGACAUGGAGCAGCACAUUCUGGGAGGACAACCACUGACCUACCAAAUACCUGCUGAACUAUCACAUUACAUACACAGGGGCUUUCUCUCUAGUUCUAAUCAUCCCGUCAGGUUGGUUCAGGACUUUCUGGUUCAGGCCCUGGAGAGGGAGCGGCCUGUCUCCAUGGUUACAGAGCCCCUCCCCCUGCUCAUACACUCCUCCCCCCAGAGACUAAAUGCCUGUUGCCCUGAGCUACAAGACACACACACACAUUGCUACUGGCUACACCCCACCCACACACACACCACCACACACACACCCUCGGGUGAUCACGAACACAUAGACACUGUAGUGGACUUUCUGGCAGACACACACAUAACCUACAACUCAGAGGAUGAGGGACGGGAGAGAGAAUGUAGCAGCCGUGGGGAGGAGUGUGUAGGUGAGGAAGAGGAGGGUGUAGGUGAGGGACGGGAGAGAGACUGUAGCAGCCGUGGGGAGGAGUGUGUAGGUGAGGGAGAGGAGGGUGUAGGUGAGGGAGACGAGGGUGAGAGAGAGGAGGGUGAGGGAGAGGAGGGUGUAGGUGAGGGAGAGGAGUGUGUAGGUGAGGGAGAGGAGUGUGUAGGUGAGGGAGAGGAGUGUGUAGGUGAGGGAGAGGAGUGUGUAGGUGAGGGAGAGGAGUGUGUAGGUGAGGGAGAGGAGUGUGUAGGUGAGGGAGAGGAGUGUGUAGGUGAGGGAGAGGAGUGUGUAGGUGAGGGAGAGGAGUGUGUAGGUGAGGGAGAGGAGUGUGUAGGUGAGGGAGAGGAGUGUGUAGGUGAGGGAGAGGAGUGUGUAGGUGUGGGAGAGGAGUGUGUAGGUGAGGGAGAGGAGUGUGUAGGUGUUGGGGGAUACGUGCUGCGUCCUUCUCUACUGCCUCAGAUGGAGAUCCUGAGAGAGCAGCGAGAGCAGCGAGAGAGAGAGGAGGUUCUGCAUGGUGUCAGCGGCCUAGUCUUUCAGAGAGUUCCCAUCAGUCCCUGGUCCCCCCCUGCCUUCCACCAGCUCCUCCUCUGGGGAACGUGGCCCAAAGCCUCUCAGUCAAUCCCUGACCUGGGGCGGACUCUGGAGCGUCUGCUGACCCCCUACGGGCUUUCCCUGGCUGAGGAGCAGGGGUCUCUGUUGCUGGCGGCCGAGCCAAUGGGACGGCUAGGCCGGCUGUGGGCUGAUGACCUCACCGAUGGCGUCAGUGUGUGUCUGAACCUUGACCUCCUGGCGUCACUGGUCUACUCCCUACCUGACUGGCGCCUGCUCUGGUCACCUGACCCCCGCUUCCUCAACCACUUCCUGCUCCGCCCAUUGCCAGAGCAACCGUUCCGCCCCUUCUCCCUGUUUCCACAGAGCUUUGUUUAUGACAUCAGCUUCUGGGCGGGGCCAGACUGGCAGGAGGCAGCGUUUCAUGCUCUGGUCAGAGAGGCCAGUAGAGAGACGGUGGAGAAUGUUACGCUCAUAGACACCUACACACCCGACACACACCCUGACGUAACACACACCAGCUACUGUUACAGACUCACCUAUCGCUCACACACACGUGCCCUCUCUCACACACACGCGCUCAGACUCCACACACACCUGCAAAGCCUGCUGUCCACACGCAUGCAUCUCACCGCCAGGUAGUGUCUGUCUGUCUGUCUGUCUGUCUGUCUGUCUGUCUGUGUGUGAGAGAUGCAUCUCACCGCCAGGUAGUGUCUGUCUGUCUGUGUGAGAGAGAGAUGAGUGCAGUGUGUCAGGACGG